AUGGAGUUAACUUUAAUUACAGUUAACGCCAAUGGGCUUUGUAAUGUUGAUAAACGUUUUGUUUUGGUUCAGUGGCUGCAUUCUCUUCCCACUGUUCCGGAUGUUGUUAGUCUGCAGGAAUGCCACUGCGUUUCGUUGGAAGAGUGUCGGUCUUGGUUUCGGUCCUCAGGUUUUUUUUCAGUGGUUUCUUCGGGCUCUCGUCGGUCCUGUGGUUGUAUUGUUUUGUUUCGUAAUCCCCUUCUUUUGGUUUACUCGUGGACUGAUACUGAUGGUCGUUUUUUUCAAUGUGAGUUCUUUUGUCGUAAUAGUAUUUUUCGUGUAGCUUGUGUCUAUGCCCCUAGUCGUAAUCCUGAACGGGAUGGUUUCUUUGCUGAUGUCUUGUCCCGUGUUGACCCGGCCGUUGCUACCUUUUUGUGGGGAGAUUUUAAUGCUGUUUUUGAUCGUUUUGGCUCUGCUCCUGACGACACCCCGAGGGAGAGUUCCUCCACCCUUACUCAUCUUUUUUCUUCUUGUUGUGUUGUGGGCAUCUGGCGUCAGUUGCACCCAUCUGUUCCCGGCUUCACUUGGUCCAGGUGGGAUGGUCUUCGUUCCAGUCGGAUCGAUCUAAUUGGCUGCCCUUUUUCUUGGUUGUCGGCGGUUUCUUCUUGUGACAUUGUUCCUUGUCCCUUCUCCGAUCAUUCUGCCGUUUUGCUUUCGUCCUCGGUUCCUCAGGCUGUCCCGAUGGGUUCUGGCCUUUGGAAGCUUAAUGUUUCUGUGCUUGAGGAGCCUGAUUAUUUUAGGCUCAUUUCUGAUUUUUGGUCCGGUUGGCGGCAUAGAGUGCCUGCUUUCGCUUCUCUCUCAGAUUGGUGGGAGAUGGGUAAAUCACGCAUUAAAGGGCUGACCAUUAACUAUUGUUGCUGUCGUAGCCAGUCAAAGUCCCAGGAGCGUGAUCUUCUGGCCCGACUUGCCUCCCACCUUAAGUCUCGACUUGAUCUUAGCAUGCUGUCUUGUCUUGAGGCUUACAAGUCUGUUCUUGAGCGUUUGGCUGCUCUUGACCUAGAGGCUGCUAAAGGCGCUCAGGUUCCUAGUCGUAUUCGUUGGAUUGAGGAGGGGGAGUUAUCCUCGGCGUUUUUCUUUCGUUUAGAGAAAAAGCGUGCUGCUGAUAGGUUGAUUGGUUCUGUUGUUAAUUCCACCACUGGAUUGUUGGAGGCUUUUUCCUCGUUCUAUUCUAAGCUUUUCUCUGCUCAGCCUUGCGAUCCUCAUGCCCAAUAG